GAUCACAUAGCCGAGACCGGCUCCUUUAAAGGCAUACUAUCUCCACUACAAGUGACAUGGUACAAUCUGAUAUAUUCGAACUUGAGAUAAUACCAAGGCAAACCAAUACGAGUAAUAUUAUCAAUCGCCUCCACAGUCACAACCAUGGCCACCGGCGAAUUUUAUAACAUCGUGAAGCUCGUGCCCAAACCGGGCAAAUUCAACGAGCUUCUGGAAGCUUUCAAAUUAUUCUCGGAGCAUGUCCAGGCAAACGAGCCAAAGACGCAAAUCUACUGUGCUCUUCGACCGGACAAGAGCGAGGAGUUAGUGUUUAUUGAGAAGUAUACCGAUCUGGAGAACCUGAAGGCCCAUGGGACGUCCCCUGAGUUCAAGAAGUUCUCUAAGGCCAUUGGACCUUUGCUCGCACGGGCUCCGGAGAUGACGAAAGCUGACUUUGUUGGCGGGUUCGAAGGUAGAUCGAAGCUUUAAGCGUUCUUGGAGUCUGCUUGAACGUUUUAGGUUGAAUGAGUGUGAUAAGUUGUAUGGUAGUCAUGACGAUAGUUGACUGAUGAGAACGCUACUGCUUGAGUUGCGUCUUUCGAAUGUAUACUGGGCUUUCAUUUAUCCAUGUUGGGGCAGCCAAGACCAAAGAGAACUAGUAUAAUGCAAAUACUAUCA